AUGGCCCGGUCCGCGCCGCUGGUGGCCGCCGCCCUGGCGCUGUGCCUGCUGCUGGCGCCGCCCGGCCUCGCGUGGUACAAGCAGGCGGCGGGGCCCAGCUACUACUCGGUGGGCCGCGCCGCGGGACUGCUGUCCGGCUUCCGCAGGUCCCCGUACGCGCGCCGCUCCGCGCCCCCCGUGGGCGCGGGACCCCGGGGCCGGGCCGGCGCCUUCGCGGAGCCGCGACCCAGCCUGCGGAGCCUCACCGUGUGUGUCAAGGACGUGGCCCCGAAUCUGCAGAGCUGCCAGAGGCUCCCCGACGGCCCGGCCACCUUCCAGUGCCGGGCGGACGUGUUCCUGUCGCUCCGCGCUGCUGACUGUCGCAGCGCCUAAGCCCGGACCACCGCGGAGACCUGGACCUCAUCUGGCCCUGGCCGGUGCCCCCAGUGCCCCCUCCGU